GAACCACCAACAAACUGUAGAGUGAGACAAACAGGAAGUGAAACAACAACACACCUGCAGCAGACUCGUGUCUGCAUUAACGUGAUGUUCCAGCUGAGAUGGAGGAGUUGGAGUUUGAUGAUAUUUUAGAUGACUGGUUUAUCGAGUCCCUGAAAACGUACAAAGAUCUUCAUGUGUAUCAGCUGGAACAUCCCACCCAGGUCAUCGAGUGGACGUCAGGGAAGACCGUGUGUGUCGCAGGAUACAGUUCAUCUAAAAAUGAGAUUCUGGAGCUGCUUUUACCUCUGAAACUGUUCGCUGAUGAAAAUAAGGGUCUCUGUGCAGAGAGGGAUUUCAAAGUCGUCCACGGUGGGUUCACAGACGGUCCUGUUCGCUGCCUCAGACGCGUCCCAGGAACAAGGUGUGUUGUUACCAAUGAUGGGCGGAGCUCUGACCUGCAGGUGUGGACCGUCGGAGGAGACGACAGCGACGUGAUCAGAAGAACAGGAAGCGUGAAGGGGACGAGGAGCGUGUCGGAGGGAGGCAGCAGGAUCGCAGCUCGACCCUCGUCACAAGUUCUUCACGGAGCUCAGAGCAGCGACGUCCGGCUGACUCAGCUGACCUCAGGACAGAUUCUCUACACGCUCGAGACGGACUCAGCAGAUCCUCUGAGUUCUUUACACUUUGUGAGUGACACAGUCUUCAUCGCCGGCUGCUGUAACGGGAACGUCUAUAUCGCUGACACUCGGACAUCGGCUGCUCCUCAGCUUUCAUCUCCACCAGUAUCUCCAGGUGAAGCUGUCCUCUGGUGGACAGACGCCUCUGCAGGUCCGUCCUGCUGCAAGGUCAUCAGACUGUCCUCGUCUGGACAGGCAGUGAUUUCAGACCUGAGGAACACAGGAGGUUCUGUGAGUCGGGCUCAGCUGGACGUCCAACCACGUCACUGCAAUCUGGAUGAUGUCAGAGUGUCGUGGGCUCCGGCGCUGGACGACUGUAUCGCAGUGUCAGGUUUCAGUGGAGCCGUUCAGCUCUACAACACAUCCGUCUGGAGGAACGAGCUGCAGGAAGUUCAGCCGCUGUUCGAGCAUCGUGGUCACGCCGUUUCAUCGCAGUCUGGUGACGACGUCUUUGUUACCUCCCACGUCUGGCACCCCGAACGUUCACGGACACUGCUGUCCGCAGCCUCAGACGGCUCCAUCCAUGUGUGGGACUGGGUCGACCAAUCAGCUGCUGAAGGUCUAACAUCAGGGUGAAAGCAGAGGUUUACCUGAGAGGAGGAGGAGGAGGAAGAGGAGGAUGAAAGGAGCUGAUGUUUACUCAGUGGACUUCAGGAACAUUCACUGAAAACAGAAACAAUAAGUGAUCAUGAAGUCUGCUGUUUCUUUACCGUCUGUGUGGAGUCCAGCAUCACCUCCAUUUUUAACGAGGACCUGAAGACUGGAAAACAAUUACAGGAACUAUUUAGGAAAAAAGAACAAAUGAAAACCAAUGUAUUUACACAAGAUCAGACAUCAUCAUCAUCAUCAGAACUUUGCUUCAGACUAUCUGCACAGACAGAUAACAA